GCUUAUAUCCUGACUGUAAAUCAUCACUACAAUAACACACGGAUCCUUGCAGGGUGCUGAAAAACAGCUACUUUGAUUCGAUCCUGAUUCUUUAAGAAAAAUUCACAUCAAACUAACACCGAAAAUGCGAUCGCUUAUUCUAUGCGGGUUCGCCUUGAUCUGCGUGGUUGGUGGAGCCCCUCAGACUAGAGCUGGUGAACGAAUGACCCUGGAUGUUUAUUACGAAUCCCUUUGUCCCGACAGCCGCAAUUUCCUCGUGAAUCAAUUAAAUCCCAACUGGCCGACGCUUUCCACUUUUACCGAUUUAAGAUUGAUCCCAUUCGGAAAAGCAACGUUUCUACCGAAUGCGGAAGGCGGAUGGAGUUUCGAAUGUCAACAUGGACCCGAUGAGUGUACUGGCAAUAUUCUCCAUGCCUGUGGCAUCAAAUACAGUCCAACGAUUACUCAGGCUUUGAAUUUCACGACUUGCCUUAUGGAUCUACCCAAGAACGGAGAAUUGUGCGCCGAAUUGGCUGGCUUGGAUUACGCGCCUAUUGAUACUUGCCAAAUGAGCAUCGAGGGUCAGGAUUUAGUUCACGAUCACGGAGUGGAAACUUUGAACCUUGAACCUACUCUGUAUUUUGUUCCUUGGAUAAUUUACAACCAGGUGUGGGACUUUAACAACCAAUUUGAUAGCCUGACCAAUCUGACAGCCGUCGCUUGCAAAAACGCACCGGCCAAUACCCCCGCCUGCUCGGUUUAAUAGCCCGCAUGUGAUUACGUAAUUGACACAUCUUUUCAUUUAAUUCGUCACCGGAAUCCAAUUUAAAUUUCAAUUCAAAUGAGUGGCCCAAAUGUCAGCUCAUUUGUAUUCAGUUGAAAUAAUUUCCUUUAAGUCAAUAAAGCAAUUUGAGCUAAAAA